AUAUUAUUCGGGUACAAAGAGGAAUUUCUGUAGAAAACAGCUGGCAGAUUGUUAGAAGAUACAGUGACUUUGAUUUGCUGAAUAAUAGCUUGCAGAUUGCAGGCCUUAGUCUACCUCUUCCUCCCAAAAAAUUGAUUGGUAACAUGGAUCGUGAAUUCAUAGCUGAGAGGCAGAAAGGUCUUCAGAACUAUCUCAAUGUUAUCACCACAAAUCAUAUCUUGUCUAAUUGUGAGCUGGUUAAGAAGUUUUUAGAUCCAAACAACUAUUCUGCAAACUACACUGAGAUUGCCUUACAGCAGGUUUCCAUGUUCUUCCGAUCAGAACCAAAGUGGGAGGUGGUAGAACCAUUGAAAGACAUAGGUUGGAGGAUAAGGAAGAAGUAUUUCUUGAUGAAGAUUAAAAAUCAGCCAAAGGAACGGCUAGUGUUAAGCUGGGCUGACCUUGGCCCGGACAAGUACUUGUCAGACAAAGAUUUUCAAUGUCUAAUCAAACUUCUGCCUUCCUGUUUGCACCCUUACAUAUAUCGGGUUACCUUUGCCACAGCUAAUGAAUCCUCAGCAUUACUAAUUAGGAUGUUCAAUGAAAAAGGAACUUUGAAGGAUCUGAUCUACAAGGCAAAACCAAAAGAUCCAUUUCUAAAGAAGUACUGCAACCCUAAGAAGAUUCAGGGCCUUGAACUCCAGCAAAUAAAAACAUAUGGACGGCAAAUAUUAGAGGUACUGAAGUUUCUUCAUGACAAGGGAUUCCCUUAUGGGCAUCUUCAUGCCUCCAACGUGAUGCUAGAUGGGGACACUUGCCGGCUGCUAGACCUUGAGAAUUCCUUAUUGGGCCUUCCUUCUUUCUACCGAUCUUAUUUUUCACAGUUCAGAAAAAUCAAUACCCUGGAAAGUGUGGAUGUCCAUUGCUUUGGCCACUUGUUGUAUGAAAUGACUUACGGACGACCGCCAGACUCAGUGCCUGUAGACUCCUUCCCUCCUGCACCGUCCAUGGCUGUGGUGGCCGUGUUGGAAUCUACGCUGUCUUGUGAAGCCUGUAAAAAUGGCAUGCCUACCGUCUCCCGGCUCUUACAGAUGCCAUUAUUCAGUGAUGUUUUACUAACCACUUCUGAAAAACCACAGUUUAAGAUCCCUACAAAGUUAAAAGAGGCAUUGAGAAUUGCCAAAGAAUGUACAGAAAAGAGACUAAUGGAAGAACAGAAACAGAUCCACCAGCAUCGAAGACUAACAAGAGCUCAGUCUCAUCACGGAUCUGAAGAAGAAAGAAAAAAAAGAAAGAUUUUAGCUCGAAAAAAGUCGAAACGAUCUGCUGUUGAAAAUAGUGACGAACAUCCAGCGAAGUACAGCAACUCCAAUAAUUCAGCAGGAUCUGGGGCCAGUUCACCUCUCACAUCUCCAUCAUCGCCAACUCCACCCUCUACAUCAGUAGAGCAUGCACCAUUUUGAACGUGAAUUUCGGGAUAUCUGCAUUACCUCCACCUCCUCCACCUCCACCUCCACCUCCACCACCAGCAGCUCCCUUGCCUCCUGCGAGCACAGAGGCUUCUGCCCAGCUCUCACCCCAGGCUGUGAAUGGUGUGGGCCGAGGGGCCUUGCUCAGUUCCAUUCAGAAUUUCCAAAAAGGAACUCUGAGAAAAGCCCAAACCUGUGAUCAUAGUGCUCCGAAGAUCGGCUAAAGCUUCCUGUUUACACUUAGAGGGAAAAGUUCUUUAUUUUCCUACUCAGCCCUGCUCCCUCAAGUUCCCUCUUCCUGGAUAAAUAAUUGCUGAGCCAGUACAGCCACAUACAGUACUAAUUUGCAGAUGCUCACAUAAGCUUUUCAAGAGGGGAAUAUUCGUUAAGUAGAAUAAAGUUAGGCUGGCAUUGCUGCCUUAAGAAAUAUUUUGCUCCUUUACCACUGUGAGGGAGUCCUGUCCAUCCUCUGAUGGGCAUCUUUAUUUGUGGCAGCAGCAUAUUGGAAUCAAUUAUUUUCCCCAUUUAAAGGAAAUGGAUAGAAAACGACGACAAUAUUCAGUCAUCGCAGUGAAUGUCCUUUGUUUUGCAGUCCCUUCUACCCUAUCAGACACCUCCUAGAAACAUUCCUCUCAUAGUUCAUUCUCUAAAGCAUUUUCUGGUUCUUAGGUAAUUCCCAUGUUUGCUAUCUUUAUUUUAUCUUACACAGUAACACUGUAGCCCAAAGUAUAGCUAUGUUGCUGCAUCAGAGAGCAACCGAGUUCUUCAUUUUCCCCUCAAAUCAAUAUAGGGAAAGUUGGUAACAUUCUCUUAAGUUCCAACAGGAGUACCACUGUGGUUACAGAACUUAGGGCUGCUAAAGCAACUGCCCUGGACCCGUAAUUCUUUUUAGUUAGAAUGUAUUGAAACAGGCAAAAAAAGUUAACAUCAGAAAAAGUUCUUGCCAAUUAGAGGAUCUUCUUAAUCCUCAGCAAUUAAGUUUGGGGUUGAGGGGGUCAUUAUUACAAGACAAAUCUGGCAUCUAUAGAAAUCAACUCUGAUUUUUGAAAGGUUUAUCGAAAUACAUCUUUUUAUUGUUACUCAUUUAUUCAAAAGGUCCUUUAUCCUAUGAUUUGCUUAUACCUUUAAAUAAAUUGCACUUUAAAGGAUUAUAAAUAAUCCAUUUAAAAAUUCAGAUACACACAUCAGUGUUGGUUCCUAUGCAGAGAAUGUCAUUGUGUAUAGUUUCAUGUAAUCUGUGAUAAAUGUCAGCUGUAUUUUUUAUUAAAAUAAACCAUGUCAAAAAAAGCUUUGUCUGUAGCUUAACUAGAUGUUUCAAAUGAGAACUUUUUGUAGCACCUUUUGUAAACAUAAAGAAUAGAUUCAUAGUUUAUAUUCUGUGAAUAUAGUUUCCUUCCUACCUA